AUGUUCUGUGCGCAUUAACCUCCAACUUUUCAAUUCUUACGAAAACAAACAUAAACAUAGAAAAUACAACAACAAACAGCAAUUUUUCCGAAAAUUUUGUACAGAGUUUGAAUUGGAAUAAAUCAGGAAAAUGGGUUGUGAUGGUGGUACUAUUCCGAGAAGAGACGAACUUGUUAAAACUAAAAAGAAGCCUGAAGCUAAGGACAAAGAUUCCGAACUCAUAUUUCAAUGGAGAUGUUGUGCAAUUACUCAAGAACCUUUGCAGGCUCCUAUAGUAACAUGUGGUCUGGGAAAAUUAUACAAUAAAGUAUCCGUCAUCGAAGCUUUGUUGAAUAAAUCUUCAAUGCCCGAAGAGAUCAACCAUAUAAAAAAUUUGAAAGAUAUCAAGGUAUUGAAUUUAACACCAAAUCCUUCAUUCAAAGAAGAAGAGGUUAAAGAAAAAAGUGCGACUCUUGGAACAUCUCCUUUCAUAUGCCCAGUAAUUGGUCUUGAAAUGACAGGCAAAUUCAGAUUUGUAGCCAUUUGGUCUUGUGGAUGUGUAUUUUCUGAAAGAGCAUUGAAACAGAUUGAUGUUAAGAUUUGUCACAAGUGCCAACAACCAUUUGAGCCUGAUGAUGUUGUUAUACUGAAUGGAAAUGAAGAAGAUCUUGUAUUGAUGAAAGAGAGAUUGGCUAAAAGGCAAUCUAAACAGAAGAAGAAGAAGGAAAAAAAAGUGAAGAUUGAAACUGAUGUAAUUGCUGGUCCAAGUACUUCCGGCUGUACGUCCACCAGUACUAUUGUGAAAGAAGAAAAGAAAGUUUGUCCUAAGGCUACUCUUAUGCCUUCAAACCUUAAGAAGCGUCCAGGUAAACUGCAAGAAUCUACAGUAGAUACGAAGAAAAUGAAGCCUGAUUAUAGUGUUGCAACAGAUCCUCAAGCAACUGAUGUUUAUAAAUCUCUCUUUACUUCUCAUAAAUCAGAAAAGGAACAGAAUAGAGCUCAUUGGGUAACAUAUAAUCCGUUUUAUAAUUAAAUAUUUCUCAAAUGAUUAGUUCAAUUCACAAUUUUUUUUUUUCUGUGUUAUCGUUUGGAUUAGUUAUAAUUUUGUUAAUAUCCUUUAUUGUGAUUGAGUUUAUAGAUGGAAUUCUAUGUAAUACAUUCGGAAUUGUAUAGUUUGGAUUAAAUAAACUUUCUGGAAACAU